GCUAGGGGGCUGUGGUUACACAUCGCAUAGAAAAUCCAAAUACCGCAUCACCACGCUUCAGCACCUCUUUGAUUUACACGUUCAAGAAGAAGCGUAAAACAAACAAAACACCUUUGCCUUUUUUGAUACAUUGGUCGGGACAGUCAUCUCAGAACGAUGUCUCCGUCGCUCAGUUUUUCCUCUGCGGAACCUCCAUCUAACCAGGCAACAACUGCACUAUUUUAGGAUCCAUUAUCUCCAUCCGUAGUAAACACGCUGCUGAACACCUGGAAGAUAAAGGACGACAGGAUAACAGCUACUGAGAGAUCCCAACCGCUCUUGUGUUUCUCCUGGAUAUUCCCUUUUCCCAACAAACCACGGCAAUGUCCUUGGAGCAUGGCCUGGCUUCCUCACCAACCCCAUCAUCCCGCAUCAUUUGAAUCCUAACGCAUCAGCACUGCAGAUCUACACAAUAUCCCGCUCAGUUUUUCGCCCCCUCUUUGCUCUCGUUCUCUGUGUCCUGAUGGAUUGGAAGCGGCCCGAUCCCUCGUUCUGUUGACCCUCGGGGUGAGGGGGUUGAGUGGAGAGGACAGGAUUUCUCCAAAUACACUAGAAGUGUCCUGCCGUUGUUGUCCCGAUUUCCUCUGAUGGAGAGUUAGAAGAACGGGAGGAACUACCGGGGAGGGAGAGGAGUGGAGGAGCAAACUCAGAACCAAAAAACUCAAGCCAAGAAUCAUCACUAAUACUGACCUCGUGUUGCUGAAACCUCCUGGACGAGAAGAAGUCAUUUAGAUCAAACAUCGUGGACCCAACAAGCUAAGAUUUAAGAUGUCCACAACAGCAACCAUGGGUGAGAUGGCAAAUAGCGCAGUGGAGUUUUACCCCAAGCGGGGUGGAGGAGGUGCAGAAACCAACCAUGCUGGAGACUUUGGGGUGACACUGGAGGAGCUCCGCUCCCUGAUGGAGCUGAGGGGACCCGAGGCCUUGCAGAAAAUUCAGGACAGCUUUGGAGAUGUAGAAAGCCUUUGCCAGAGACUCAAGUCUUCCACCAGUGAUGGUUUGUCAGAUAACCCGACAGAUCUGGAGAAGCGCAGACAGGCAUUUGGACAAAACUUUAUACCCCCGAAAAAAGCCAAGACCUUCCUUCAGCUGGUGUGGGAGGCAUUACAAGACGUCACCCUCAUCAUCCUUGAGAUUGCAGCCAUCAUCUCCCUAGGCCUGUCCUUCUAUCAGCCACCCGGACACGAGAGCGAGGGUUGUGGAAGUGGGUCAGGAGGAGGUGAAGAUGAGGGGGAGGCAGAGGCAGGAUGGAUCGAAGGUGCAGCCAUUCUACUAUCCGUCAUUUGCGUGGUGCUUGUGACAGCUUUCAACGACUGGAGUAAAGAGAAACAGUUCCGGGGACUGCAGAGCCGCAUCGAGCUGGAGCAGCGAUUCGCUGUGGUGCGCAAUGGAAACGUCAUCCAGAUCCCCGUCGCCGAGAUGGUGGUUGGGGACAUGGCCCAGGUCAAAUACGGUGACCUCCUACCUGCUGAUGGGGUCCUGAUUCAGGGAAAUGACCUGAAAAUCGACGAGAGCGCUUUAACUGGCGAAUCAGACCAUGUGCGGAAGUCGGUCGACAAGGACCCCAUGCUUCUCUCUGGUACCCAUGUGAUGGAGGGAUCAGGCAGGAUGCUGGUGACCGCAGUUGGAGUCAACUCUCAGAGUGGCAUCAUAUUCACUCUACUGGGAGCUGGAGAAGGCGAGGAGGAGAAGAAAGAGAAGAAAGGCAAGCAACCAGAGGCAGCUGUGGAGACCAAUCAGAAUAAAGCCAAAAAGCAGGAUGGAGCUGUUGCCAUGGAGAUGCAGCCUCUGAAGAGUGCGGAGGGUGGAGAAGUGGAGGAAAGAGAGAAGAAAAAAUCCAACGUGCCCAAGAAGGAGAAGUCUGUAUUGCAGGGCAAACUCACCAAACUGGCUGUACAGAUUGGCAAAGCAGGUCUUGUAAUGUCAGCCAUUACAGUUAUCAUCCUGGUGCUGUACUUUGUGAUCGAGACGUUCGUGGUGGAGGGGCGGAGCUGGUUGCCUGAGUGCACGCCCAUCUACGUGCAGUAUUUUGUCAAAUUUUUUAUCAUCGGUGUGACUGUGCUGGUGGUAGCUGUGCCUGAGGGUCUUCCCCUUGCUGUUACCAUCUCCCUGGCCUAUUCAGUAAAGAAAAUGAUGAAGGACAAUAACCUAGUGCGUCACUUGGAUGCCUGUGAGACAAUGGGCAAUGCCACUGCCAUCUGCUCCGACAAGACCGGCACCCUUACCACCAACCGCAUGACUGUAGUGCAGUCCUACAUCAAUGACCAACACUUCCGUGAGAUCCCGGACCCCAGCCAGAUCAACCCUAACACCCUGGAGAUGAUUGUCAAUGCCAUAUCUAUCAACUGCGCCUAUACCUCCAAGAUCAUGCCCCCGGAUAUGGAAGGUGGUCUGCCCAAGCAGGUUGGUAAUAAGACAGAGUGUGGUCUGCUGGGCUUUCUGCUGGACUUGAAGAGAGACUACGCCCCUGUGAGAGAGCAGAUCCCAGAGGAGAAGCUUUACAAAGUCUACACUUUCAACUCUGUACGCAAGUCCAUGAGCACUGUGGUGCAGAUGCCAGACGGAAGUUUCCGGCUCUACAGCAAAGGAGCUUCUGAGAUUCUUCUGAAAAAGUGUUCCUCGAUACUUGGUGCCAAUGGUGAAGCAAGAAACUUCAAGCCACGGGACCGAGAUGAGAUGGUGAAGAAAGUGAUCGAGCCCAUGGCAUGUGAAGGCCUGCGAACCAUCUGCAUCGCUUAUCGUGAAUUUCCCUGCGACCCUGAGCCUGACUGGGAUAAUGAAGCUGAAAUUGUCACCGAUCUGACCUGCAUCUCUGUCGUUGGGAUUGAGGAUCCCGUUCGGCCUGAGGUCCCUGAAGCCAUUCGCCAGUGUCAGAGGGCAGGCAUCACUGUGCGCAUGGUCACUGGCGACAACAUCAACACAGCACGAGCUAUUGCUACCAAGUGUGGCAUCAUUCAGCCCGGGGAUGACUUUCUGUGCAUGGAGGGUAAAGAGUUCAACCGAAGAAUCAGGAAUGAGAAAGGAGAGAUUGAGCAGGAGAGGAUUGAUAAGAUCUGGCCCAAGCUCAGAGUCCUUGCACGUUCCUCCCCCACGGACAAACACACUCUCGUAAAAGGCAUCAUUGACAGCACUGUGCUGGAGCAGAGACAGGUGGUGGCCGUAACUGGUGAUGGGACCAAUGACGGACCGGCUCUCAAGAAGGCAGAUGUGGGCUUUGCGAUGGGUAUAGCAGGCACUGAUGUAGCUAAAGAAGCCUCUGACAUCAUCCUGACCGAUGAUAACUUCUCCAGCAUUGUGAAGGCUGUCAUGUGGGGGAGAAAUGUGUAUGACAGCAUCUCCAAGUUCCUGCAGUUUCAGCUUACUGUCAAUGUUGUGGCCGUCAUCGUAGCUUUCACCGGGGCCUGCAUUACACAGGACUCUCCACUAAAAGCAGUACAGAUGUUGUGGGUUAAUCUGAUCAUGGACACAUUUGCAUCUUUGGCUCUUGCCACUGAGCCGCCCACCGAAGCUCUGCUGCUUAGGAAACCCUAUGGCCGCAACAACCCCCUCAUCUCGCUCACAAUGAUGAAGAACAUCCUGGGUCAUGGAGUCUAUCAGCUCGUCAUCAUCUUCACCCUGCUGUUUGUCGGAGAGAAAAUCUUCAACAUCGACAGCGGCCGUAAUGCCCCCUUACACUCCCCCCCAUCUGAACACUACACCAUCAUCUUCAACACCUUUGUCCUGAUGCAGCUCUUCAACGAGAUCAACGCUCGCAAGAUUCACGGUGAAAGAAACGUAUUCGACGGCAUCUUUGGGAACCCUAUCUUCUGCAGCAUUGUUCUGGGAACAUUUGGAGUGCAGAUUGUGAUUGUGCAGUUUGGGGGCAAGCCCUUCAGCUGUGCCCCUCUCAAUGUGGAGCAAUGGCUGUGGUGCCUCUUCGUGGGAGUUGGAGAAUUGCUCUGGGGUCAGGUGAUAGCCACAGUACCCACUAGUCACCUGAAGUGUCUGAAGGAGGCAGGCCAUGGGCCAGGGAUGGACGAGAUGACGGAGGAUGAGCUGGCCGAGGAUGAGGAGGAGAUAGACCACGCUGAGAGAGAGCUACGCAGGGGGCAGAUCCUCUGGUUUAGAGGCCUUAACCGUAUCCAGACUCAGAUGGAGGUAGUGAGUACGUUCAAGAGAAGUGGUUCGUUUCAGGGUGCAGUGAGACGUCGAUCCUCAGUGCUCAGCCAGCUCCAUGACAUGCGGGUGGUGAAAGCGUUCCGUAGCUCCCUUUAUGAUGGAAUCGAGAAACCCGCGUCCAGGAAUUCCAUCCACAACUUCAUGGCUCACCCCGAGUUUCUCAUCAACGACUUCAUCCACGAUAUCCCGCUGAUUGAUGACACUGACAUUGACGACGAAUCGGAGUGGUCGAGGCACAACCAGCACUUGCAUCCGGCCUUCCGAAAGCCCCCUCCUCCUCCAGUCCAGCAGCAGCAGCGAAGCCGCCCACCGCCCCGUCCCUACCGCCAGUACAGCCUCCCCGCCACACCUAACCGCAACAAUAAUGCCAUUGAGAGCGGCAUCUACCAGCUGAACCUCCCCACAGGCCUAGACGGCCAUUGGACAACCCCCUCUCGAAAGCUGUACCCCCUCCUCGCCCUGGAGACCUCUCUAUGACUAACUGCGCUCCAGAGGAUAAGACCUUAAAAACUUUGAGGAUGUGGACCUGUGCGGGUCAGGCUGGUGGGGGAGGCUCCUACGGACACGUGGUAGGUGGUUGACACCCAAUACUAUGACAGGGUCAUCCCAUUACAAUCAUUCGCCCACUACGACCAUCCACUGAAAGCACUAUCACUCCUCAUGUCUCAACAACAGCCCCACAGACACCUCUCCUGUCACUGUGUGGAGAGGAGGCCAGUCUGUUGCAUGUCUGUGGUUCCUUUGGAUGGACCUGAGAAGGUGAGGAAUCCAGACCCAAUGGAUUUUAGCGGCUCUUUAGUGCUGGUGACUAUUGACUUCUCAGAAUGCAAAGGAAUAUGUUCCCUACGGGUGGAGUAGGGGUUCAUUCACUUUACUUUUUAUCGGUGUUACUAAACUCAAUAUAAUUAUUAUCAUGUUUGACUUCUUACUAUCGACACCGUCAUCCCGAGUGCUCGGAUUAUCAUUGCGAUAUUACAGAAAAUGACUUUUAUUACUCUGAGUAAUGCUUUAUGGAUUAGCUUUAAAAUAUAUAUAUAUAUAUUAUUUAUUCAUUUAUUUAUUGUGAUCACCAUGAUUUUUUUUUUUCAUUUUCACUUUGUCUAUAUCUCUCUCUCUAUGUGUCUAUGUGUGUGUCGUGUCUGUCCUGAAAGCAUAAAAAAGCUAGAAAAAAAGAAGUACUAACAAAGCAAAGAUAAUAAUAAUUUGAAGCUUAGACUAAUUCAAUUAUAAUGCGUCUGCUGAUAACAAAAAGAAGACAAAACCGUUGCCGCACCAUUUUAAUGAUCAUUGUUUUACAGCAUUUUGGGUAAAAGAAAAAGUAUUCUAUUAUUUGAGGGCAAUUUGUAGCUUCACUCUAAGUGAGAGUAAGCAUUUUUUUUAACACAAAAAUCAUGCUCAUGAUAUUUUAAACAAUUACGCAACAUGUUCAUGUUUAAAAUAUGCUACAGGGUAGAGGAUUUGGGCAAUCCCAUCACAGAGAUUCAAUGGUCCUGGGUGGGAUUUCGGUGGUUUUCCAUCUCAGCAAUGGCAAUCAGCUUUACGACAAAAUGGCCUUGUUAAUAUGUCUUACCUUGUUCAAAGUAGCUGAAAUUUCAUUUAAGGAUUUCAGUGGGUUUGCCCAGACUCGACAUUUAAUGGUGUCUUAUAUUUCUUUGACAUAAAAGCCAUUAAAAUUCAUGUUAUGCAGAUGACACCAACAAAUGCAUCAACCCUUUAAACAUGUUCAAAUAAUUCUAUUCUCUCAGUACCUGCAUAUCUGCUGGCCCUUUAAAUACAUUCACACUCACACUCGCUUUCUUCAUGUGUGUGGAAUAUUUAUCAGAUUGUGAAUAUUUGCAGACUGUGGUCACCAGGGUAGGGAAUCCAUCUUAUACUGCCACACCAUAAUUAAAAAAUAUCAAAGAAACUAAAGAUGGACAAUCCGUGAGGGUAUCAUUACUUUUGCACAAUAUCAAGGUUCACAGCAAAUGUUCACUGUGGACUUUCCAUAUACUUUAACAUUUCAGAACAACAUGUUUGCACAGAACAGUUUUCCCUAUUAUAUAUGUAAAGACAUGUAUGAUUCUCCAUGUCUGAUCAUUUCAUUGACAUUCCACUGAUCAGUUGUACCAUCCGGGGUUACCUCCUUUUACACCCCAUAAUCAUCCGGAAUGGUACCGUUGUGAUCAUACUGCUACAGUUGAUGCAUUGCAACCGAAUACAAUCAUUUUGGGGAAAGAGACUGGCACUUAUGCAACAGACUGCCCUGCCCACAGCUCUGUGAAAUACGCUUCACAACAUGUACAUAUGGAUCUAAAAAAAAACAACUACAACCUUUAUCUGUAUAGAACACUUUUCUAGAUUGUCCAGUUCAAAGAAACUGGUGAAUAUUGAAAGCAGACAAUGCAAGCAUGAGCAUCACUAGAUCAUGUCAUUGCAUUGGUCGGUCGUGUUUUUGCGGAGCAUGUUGAUAUCAUAUAGUUCGCUUUACACUGUCAUUGUUUGACUUCACUUUCGUCUGUCGAUGCUUCACUGUGGCUCUUAAGCAGUUGGUGGACACACGUUUCUCCUCCCAGCGCAUCUGUGCUGUCAUUAAUGUGCUAUAGUCUGAUGUUCUCCUCCUGAUACUCUGUCCUGUCUGUGGCGUGGAGCCUGGAGGUGGAGCAGUGUCAAACUGCCAAUCUGACUAGUUAUUAAAUGCCAACAGACACGUUGCUUAAAAUGGGUUGACUCGUUCUACACUAGCAGAACAUUUGUCAUUGGAUCUUUAAAUGGAAACCCAUUUUUUAUAGGAAUAUUCUGGGUUCAGACCCUGCUUUUCUUUAUAAAAAUAAAGCAAAAACCUGGGGGAUACAGCAAGGCUUACAGUGGAAGUGAAUGGGGCCAAUCCAUAAACAUUUAAAUACUAAUUGUUCUAAUAGUGUUGACACAAGAUGUAAACAGUAUGAAUGUCAACAUGAAUUUAGUGUGGGAACAAAAUCACUAAUCUUUUCUGUGUAAAACUUUUGCCAUGAUGGUACAGACCAUAAAACCCUCAAAUGAAUGUAAAAAUGAAUGUUUAAACAGCUCAAAUAAUACAGAAGAUUCAUGUAAGUGCUAUUUUUAUGAUUAUAACUGUCACAUUUCUGCUUUUAAAUCCUUCGAAAACCAUUCCAUUUCAUUGUUAGUGCCUCUUCGCAACCUCGAUUUUUGCUUCUUAUAUAGUUUAUCAAUAAUAUUAUUGAUAAUUGUCUCUUAUUUUCUUUUAAAAAAUACUUAAAAGUAAUUUAUGUGGUCUUAAUUACUGAACCCAGAAUAUUCCUUCAAGCAAAACUGUGUUAUAUCUGCAUGAGUUUGUCUGACAUUUGGCUGGGUUCGAUCAGGCUCAGACAGUUCCGGUGGAGUCUCUAGUGUCGAGAGCGCUGGCAGGUCUCACAGACUGAACCCAUUUAAAGGUCCAGACACAAUCAGCAGGCCAAAGUGGUGGUCAGGGAGGAUCGGUCAGUGAACCUGCUAUACCAUGAUAAAGAAACAUUUCCUAACCUUAUCUUAUCCUCAGCAAAGCUAAACUACCGAAAUAGGCCUGAAGCUAUGCUCGUCUCUGAAUAAUUUUUAAAUCUAACUAUAUCUAAGACGUAUACCCCAAUCAUUGAACUCUCCGGGGAGAGAAGAUAUAUACUGUAAAUAACAGUGGUAUAUGUAUGGUAUCUCUCCUCUCCACCACAACAGACAUCCACUUUAUCGAGACCCGAUAGAGUGACAAAUAUAUAUAUAUAUAUAUAUAUGUUAAAAAAGAAAACAGAUAAUCCAAAACUCCAUCGUCUGCCUUCAUUUUGUUUCAUUCUGUUGUAGAAAAAUUACGCAAGGUAAGGUGAAAAAAAAUGUAAUGUGAAAAAGAGUAAAUAAUAUACUAUAUUUAAUAUAAAAGUUAUAAAUUAUUGUACAACUGCACCAUCACUGUACAUUUUGCCAAAAUGUGCACAUGUGCAUCUUUUGUUUACGAUUUAAGCCCUUUUUUUGUUUUACUCUAUUGUCUCUUCCUCUUUCUUCCUCCUUUUGCUUUUUUGUAAAGAAUUCAAAUUGAACAGCUUGUACAUUAUUAUGAUGAUGAUUAUUAUUAUGACUAUUAUUAUUAUUAUUAUUGUCUUUUUCCAUCAGGGCUCUUUUAACUGAUGGAAAAAACAGUUGCACAUUCUCCUGAACAUACACUUACUGCUCUACAAUGGAAAAAAAAAAGAGAAAAAAUUGAACUAUUAAAUAUAUUAAUAAUUACCUGCCUGUUACUUAAGAGAAAAAAGUAUCUAUAUAUGAUGAAAGAACACAGCUGUAUACUGUAGACUAAACUGUAUGGAAAUCUAAGAAUUUAAUGGGAAAAUAAGAACACUUUUUGUCUGUAUAAAAAAAAUCUAAUCAAAGUAUUCUACAAUAAUAACUUUGGCCAGUGUC